CCGCCGCCGCCUUCCGUCCUCGCCGUCUCCAUCGCCGUCUCCGGGCGGGGGAUCCGUUUCCGCCGGGCCCAGGCGCGGGCAGCCCCGCGCUCGACAUGGAGGUCGACGUCAACGGCGAGUCGAGGACGGCCGUGGCGGCCCUCCCCCUCCCCGGGGCCGAGGCCGGCCCCCCGGGAAAGACGGAAGCGGAGAGGCCCCGCUGCUCCAGCACCCCGUGCUCCCCCAUUCGGCGGACCGUGUCGGGCUACCAGAUCCUCCACAUGGAUUCCAACUACCUGGUGGGCUUCACCACGGGGGAGGAGCUCCUGAAGUUAGCCCACAAGUGCUCGGGAGGGGAAGAGAACAAGGGGGAAGGCCCGGCCCCGCCGCGCUCCAAGCCGCUGGACACGGGCCUGGCCCGCUCCUCGCGCCUCUUCAAGACCCGCGGCAGGUAUUACCAGCCCUACGAGAUCCCCACGCUCAACGGCCGGCGGCGCCGCCGCAUGCCCAGCUCGGGGGAGAGGUGCCCCAAGUCCUUACCCUACGAACCUUCGUACAAGGCCCUCCACGGGCCUCUGCCCCUCUGCCUGUUUAAGGGCAAGAGGGCUCACUCCAAAUCUCUGGACUACCUCAACUUAGACAAAAUGAGCAGCCAGGAACCCGCCGACACGGAAGGGCUCCAGUACCAACUUCAGCACCUCACCCUCAGAGGGGACCGCGUGUUCGCCAGGAACAACACAUGAACGGCGGCCGGGCCGCCGCUGGCCAAGCUCCCUCUGGCUUCCCGGACCCCCUCGGCCCACACGUACUGUCUGUCUGCUCACGGGACCGGCCCCGGCCCGGGGGGAGGACGGAGGAGCCGGGCGGAGGGGGUCCUCGGACGCCCCGGACCCCUCGCUUAGAACCCGCCGAGGGCUAGGGGGUCUGGGGGAAGAUCCUCAAGCCCGAAGCCACCCGGGGGACUCUCAACGGGUGGACUUGAUUUGCGGGGGGCGAUUCUAGAAAGGCAGAGGCGGCUCUGGCACGGGAAUCUAGAUGGGGAUUUGCCACGCCGAUUGGAAAUGGGGUCUGCGGGGUAGCCGCUCAAGGGCGGGGGGCACGGGGAAGAUUGCCCUCCGACGAGCACUCGAGAACUUGUGUCUGUAACUUACUCUAAAAUAAUAUAUGUGUGGUAACGUGUUGCUUCUUGAAGUUGAGAAACCUGCACGUGGCGGAAAUGGAAUACUUAAAAAAAAUCCCGUUUGAGUGUUCCCUAAUGAGUUUUUUGUACUAGCAGGAAAAAAAAGAUACGAUUCAGGUUGGCAGCGUCUGUUCACAUCGGAGCAAUCGCUGAGUAAGCGUCUAUAUUUUCCUCAGAAGGUGAUGAUCCUCUCCUGGAAAGUGGUUCUCUAAGUUGGGGUUAAUAGCGGAUCUCUGGCUAAAACACCGUUUGGGAGAUAACCUCCGGGAUUUCCCAGAACGUUUCUCCUUUGAGAUUUUUACUUGAGUGGAGUAAUCCUCCGGAAUCCCGACUCUCAUUUAAAAUGUACCCGGAAUAGCGCGAGAGAAGGGAAGUCGUCGCUCCCGGGCCGGAGGAUCUGAAGUAACAGCGGAGCUCGGAGAAGGAAACUCGUGGUUUCUCGUACUGAAUAUUUAAAUUAACCGUAAAUUGAUACCUCUCAGCAUGGCAUCGGAACUUCUUAGUUGUUCGCAGCACAGAAUUCCUACUGAAAACUUAGCUUCUAGAGUUAGUUUGAAAGUGUCUACUGCUUGUGCCGCCUUAACGGGCUAAUUCUGAAUGAACAAUUUACGUCAAAUGCACUGGUUUAGCUCGUUGCCGAAGAAAUCGAAGUCCAAGCACUGAUAACACGCAAUCCAAACACAGGAAUGUGUUUUGGAAAAAAAAAAAAAAGUAACGUUGGUAAAACCUUCUUCCUCUCAAAGAUUCGAUGUGGAAUUUUUGGCAACCGGGAACAGUGGGGAUGUGUUGGCCACUAGCCUAGGGUGGGAGGCCUGUGGGGGCAUACUGGAAUCUUCUUCUUUUUCAGCUGUUAAAUAUUUUAAAGUAAACUGCACACCUCUCUAACUUAUUGUACUGAAGAGUCUUACAAUAAACUAUUCCUCUAUAGUCAACGGUUGGAUGGGAAAUAGAAUGACUGUCGGAUGCCAAAGAGAGAUAGGAUUCUACGUUUAGCGAUUUAAACCCCAUUAUUUAUUGAUGAGCUACCCUGUGGAACUGUAUUAUUUCCGGCUACGAAAUAAAGAGGUGAUGUAAGUGUA